GGCUGACGUGACCUGCCUGUGUUGGUGUAAUUGUUGUAAUUGAAGUCUGUGACACGACAAAACAAAGUUUGCACGCUUUUAUGCUUUAUUGUAAUUGAAAAAUUAAAACACUAUUACUACUGCGUCGUAUGCAAUCGGUUCGAUAUAAAUUCUAAAGAUGGUCCGGACUGUGUAUUCUCCGGAAUAUUGCUUACAAUAUUUAGAACAAUAUGCGUCCAAAGAAAUAUUUGUAAUCGGUUUAAUUCUCGGACAGACAACAAGUGCUCGGGAGAAUGUGAUCCAUCUAGCUCGCACUCCAGAUGAGAAAAGUUCUGAAAAUGCUUCAGAAACAAGUUACCCUUUAGACAAACCUGAAUCAAAGACACUUGUAAGCGUGUCUGAGGCAUGGGUCGCUGAUCAUGCAAAGCAUGUUACUAGAAUGCUUCCUGGAGGCUUGUUUGUUCAAGGUAUCUUCAUAACAAGUGACGAAGAUAUAUUCGAGGACCCAAACUGUUUUAGUAAAGUCAAAUCAAUAAUAAACAACAUAUACAAAGCAAUGAGUGCCAAUCAGUAUAUGUACGGCAACUGCCCAUAUACUAAUGAAAGACUUAUUUUGCACAUGUCAACAAGUACUAAAGUUCUUACUUGUAAAAGUAUUGAAGUUGGUGUGGGGAGUAAAAACACAGUUAUUAAGCCUGUUGAAUGGAAGUUUUUGCCUAAAGCCCAGCAGUGGCAAAGGCUGGACUGUUACUAUGAGUUUGAUGAUGUCUACCCUGUGGUUGUGAAGAAAAGCGGUAUAUCUGUGAAACAACAAUUCCAACAAAUUCUGGAGUCUGCUCACAAAACAAUUGAAACCAGUAUUAUGUUUAUUGAUGGUGAACUUAAGGACAACACAGAAGUUUUGGAACUACUUUUCAAAAAGAAGAAAUCUAAAAAUAAUUCAAAAACAACACAACAAGAACUUCCCAAAUCAAUGAAUGUGUCAUUAUUUGUGCCAUUUGAAAAUGCUCUGCCAGAAGCAGUAGAGUAUUUGGAGUGUGAUGGCAGCAUACACUUCAGUGGUGUUGUGUCUUCAAGCGUGUUCAUGUUCCCAAAAGCAACAGUCAGUGAAACAAUUGCUGCUGUAAAGCAAGACAUAAUAAGAUCCUUAGCCUCUCGCUUCACUAUGCACUGUGACGCACUUAUUGAUGAUAAUCUUCUACCAGAAGAAAAAGUAUGCUUCAAUGAACCACCGCGUCGAGUUCUGGUUCCAGUAGGAUCUUUGUAUCUCUGUGAUUACCUAUUCCCCGGGGAAGCCCCAGCUGAAGCGCUCCUCUCUGUGCGAGAGUUGCUUGAUCUACAGAUUACCGAAGCAGAUGUGGUCUGCGAUGUUGAGACACCAGCUGAUACAUCAGAAUUCGAUGCUUUAGACAGGGAUACGAGUAGUGAAGAAUUACUAGCGACGCCUCAAGAAGCAAGCCAGUUUAUGUACAUCACCGGCAUUUGUUUUGCAAUGUUUGUUCUUAUCGUUUCUAUUAUUAUUCACUAUUACGACUCUAUUGUUGAAGUUUUCAGUAAAAUAAUUGCUAAAUCGUAAAUGCAUAACGGAGGCGAUAAUACGACAUCUAUUUUACAAAUAAUGUACUACAUGACCAGUCUGAAGUUUAUACUAAAAAGAAGUUAACGAAAAUGGAGUCGAGCUAAUUUCAUGACGAGAUGUCGAUGAUCUAGAAUAAUAUUUUAUUUAUCUAACUGUUGAAGCUUAAAAGACUUAUUAUUGUUGUAAUUAUUUUGUCUUGAGUAAGAUUCGUUGUUUUAAUUUUUUUCGCAUAACUGAAAUGUAAUAAUUUAAUGAAAAUGCAUAUUUAUUAUUUUACAACUAUUUUUGUGUGCCGACUUAUUGUGUAAUUUGAACUGUCCUAUUUUAUUAAAUAUUAUUUUACUAUU